AUGAAGUUUGUCAACUUGCAUCCGGAUCCCCCACAUCAUUCUGGCCUAAAUCGCCGUCAAUGCUUCAAUCGUUGGAAAUUCAUCUACGAUCUUGUUCAACACGGUCCAGAGUACUUUCAUGCUUUCGAGAAGGAGCUCACCGAGCCUGAGAUGCUGGAGCAGAUUCCCCUUGUCAAGUCAAGGCAGGUACCUGUGAGGGGAAUGGACAUCAAUCAGUCCACUGUACAGGGCAAUGCAGAUGCAUUGGAGGACUUAUUUCAGCAGGGCGAAGUUGGCGACAGUACAGCAAAGCCAGGAUGCAGAGAUGUUGGUGAUCAUGUGGUGCUCGUGCAUGGUGACCUUGCGACGUGCGAGCGGGUCCAGAGCUUACAGCAGUCUAGGGGAGAAGAGAAGACCCCAUGGUGCCGCUUCCAAUUCAUCGUCUUUGUGAUAGGAUUGUUCCACCUCAAGAUGGCGUGCACUGAUGCGAUUUGGAAGAUUCUUAUCAAACUGAAAGUAGCACGCGAGGAUGUCGCCAGUCAUAGCAAGUAA